CAACUCGCAGAGGAGCUGGGAAGCAGUGCAGAGCAGAGAGCAGAGCUGCGGCUGAGAAAAGGCCUUCGCCAUGGCCGAGUCCCCUGGCUGCCGCUCCGCCUGGACCCGGUGCCUCCACUGCCUGUAUAGCUGCCACUGGCGGAAGUGCCCCAAAGAGAGGAUGCAAACCAGCAAGUGCGACUGUGUCUGGUUUGGCCUGCUCUUCCUCACCUUCCUCCUGUGCCUGGGCUGGCUGUACAUCGGGCUCAUCCUUCUCAAUGACCUGCACAACUUCAAUGAAUUCCUGUUCCGCCACUGGGGACACUGGAUGGACUGGUCCCUGGCACUCCUGCUGGUCAUCUCUCUACUGGUCACCUACGCGUCCCUGCUACUGCUCCUGGCCCUCGUCCUGCAGCUCUGCGGACAGCCCCUGCACCUUCACCGUGUCCACAAGGUGCUACUGUUCCUCAUUAUGCUGCUUGUGGCCGCUGGCUUCGUGGGACUGGACAUCCAGUGGCGGCAGGAGUGGCACAGCUUACGGCUGUCACUGCAGGCCACAGCCCCAUUCCUUCACAUCGGAGCAGUCGCGGGGAUCACCCUCCUGGCCUGGCCUGUGGCUGAUACCUUCUACCGUAUGGACCGGAAAGGUCCCAAGAUUCUGCUACUGCUCCUAUUUUGUGGAGUUGCCCUGGUCAUCUACCUGAUCCCCCUGUGCAUCUCCGCCCCCUGCAUCAUGGAGCCUAGAGACUUACCCCGCAAGCCUGGGCUGGUGGGGCACCGAGGGGCACCCAUGCUGGCCCCUGAGAACACCCUGAUGUCCCUGCGGAAGACAGCGGAAUGUGGAGCUGCUGUGUUCGAGACGGAUGUGAUGGUCAGCUCCGACGGGGUCCCCUUCCUCAUGCAUGAUGAGCAGCUGAGCAGGACCACAGAUGUAGCUUCCGUGUUCCCAAGCCGAGUCACAGCCCACAGCAGUGACUUCUCCUGGGCUGAACUGCAGAGGCUCAACGCGGGGACCUGGUUCCUAGAGAGGCAACCAUUUUGGGGCGCCAAGCAGCUGUCCGGCCCCGAUCGCAAAGAGGCUGAGAAUCAGAUGGUACCAGCGCUAGAGGAGCUACUGAAGGAAGCCGCAGCCCUCAACCUGUCCAUCAUGUUUGACUUGCGCCGACCCCCACGGAAUCACACAUACUAUGACACUUUCGUCAAUCAGACCCUGGAGACUGUGCUGAGUGCAAGGGUGCCCCAAGCCAUGGUUCUUUGGCUACCAGAUGAAGAUCGGGCUAACGUCCAACAACGGGCACCCAGAAUGCGCCAGAUAUAUGGACAUCAGGGAGGCAAUAGAACAGAGAGGCCCCAGUUUCUUAACCUCCCUUAUCAAGAUCUGCCACUCUUGGAUAUCAAGGCACUGCACCAGGAUAACGUCUCGGUGAACCUGUUUGUCGUGAACAAGGCCUGGCUCUUCUCCCUGCUCUGGUGUGCAGGGGUCGACUCGGUCACCACCAACGACUGCCAACUGCUGCAGCAGAUGCAUUACCCUGUCUGGCUUAUCCCCCCUCAAACCUACCUAAUGAUGUGGAACAUCACCAAUUGUGUCUCCAUCCUGCUGUUUUUCUGGAUCUUCCUCCUGCACGGGAGGUGUGCUAAGGAGAGAGAGAGAACUGGCUUAGAAACAGCCGUGCUGCUAACCAGGAUCAACAAUUUUGCAAGGGAGUAAAUGACCUGUCCUGAGCCUGACCCACCUCCGCCUGCUCCAGCCCAAGGCCUGUCUGCAUUGGUCAACAGCAAGGGAGGGAGAGUGACUGACGUGCAUCGUCUAGGGGGUACUGGG